AUGUUCACCUACCGCCAGAAACUGAUGAUCCUGCUGGCCCAGCUGCUGCUGGGCAUCCAGAGCUAUCCGCUGGGCGACGACGAUCUCUCCUCCAGCGUGGUCCACUCGGCGGGUCUCCUGGGUCACUAUGCCGGCGGUUUGACGGGCGGCGAGGCGCUGUCCAAGCUGGACUUCAGCUCGGCCUCCCACGAAUUCGGGGGCGAUCACGAUCAUCAUGAGCAGGACACACUGGGCUCCCUGGGCGAUCAUCUGGGCGAGGAGAGCUUCCCGGCGGACUACGGCAGCAGCGAUGCCGGCGAGGAGUACGCCGAGGCCAGUGAGCUGCACUCGCACUACGAGGAUCACCAGGAUCACGGGGAUCACGAGGACCACAAGGCGGUGCCCGGCAUCGAUCACGGCAAGGGAGCCUUCAGCUACAGCACCCUGUACGAGUUCAAGGACCGCGACGAGCACGAGCUGCACCACCUGCAGCACCAGGCCCUCGAGCAGCAGGUGGAGCUCGAGCACCAGGCGGAGCAACAGCACCACCUGGAGCACCACCAGCUGGAGCAUCUCUACUAA